GCCCGAUCACACCAUUCGACUCGGCGCCCCCGGUUCACACACACUGAUCGGCUCAGCUACAGCCUACGGAGUACAGACCCAACCCAACCCCGGGAGACAACAGGGCACGGCGAGGAUGCUGCUGAACCCGGCCUCGGAGGCGCUGGUGCUCGACAGCAUCCGGCAGCACCUCAUGGAGGACACGGCGGCCGCGGCGGCGCCGGUGGCGGAGGCGAGGCGGCAGCGGCCGGCCUACUGCCGCAGCGCCAGCUUCGGGAGCCUGGUGGCGGACCAGUGGAGCGAGUCGCUCCCGUUCCGCGCCGACGACUCCGACGACAUGGUCGUCUACGGCGCCCUCCGCGACGCCUUCUCCUGCGGCUGGCUCCCCGACGGCUCCUUCGCCGCCGUCAAGCCGGAGCCCCUCCUGCCUUCCCCGGACUCUGCCUACGCGUGCGACGGCCCGUCCUGCUUCGGUUUCCUCGAGCCGGAGACGCCCCCCGUCACGUCCCCGGGCGAGGGCGAGGAGGAGGGCGCGGCGUUCAUGGGCGAGGCGGCCGCCGCGGUGGCGAGGGGCAAGCACUACCGCGGGGUGCGGCAGCGGCCGUGGGGCAAGUUCGCGGCGGAGAUCCGGGACCCGGCCAAGAACGGCGCGCGCGUGUGGCUCGGCACCUACGACACCGCCGAGGACGCCGCCGUGGCCUACGACCGCGCCGCGUACCGCAUGCGCGGCUCCCGCGCGCUCCUCAACUUCCCGCUCCGCAUCGGCUCCGAGAUCGCCGCCGCGCACGCCGCGGCCGCGGCCGCCGGGGACAAGCGGCCGUCACCCGAGCCCGCGACCUCGGACUCGUCAUCCUCGUCCUCCUCCUCCGGGUCCCCGAAAAGGAGGAAGAGGGGCGAGGCCGCGGCCGCGUCGAUGGCCAUGGCGCUGGUGCCGCCGCCCUCGCAGCUGAGCCGGCCAGCCCACGCGUGGUACCCCGCCGCGCCGGUGGAGCAGGUGGCCAUGGCGCCGCGCGCGCAGCAGCUGGUCAGCUAGGCCCCGCCCGCCAGCCCCCGGGCGCACGAUCGUGGAAGACAAUGCGCAAGUGCAAUGGAUUGGCCAGCAAGUGCAUGGACGCGACAGCAACAGGAGCCCGCCUUUCACUGGUGCACGGUGCAAGGUGGUGAUGGCAAUGGAGUGCGAUGCCUAUCGAGCGUGCGAGCGAGCAAUCAGGCAAAGCAAACCUCGGCGACGGCUCCAAUUGGAUAGAUAUUUGGAUGGGCCGAGAGAGGAAGAUAAGCUCGGAGCAACUGGGCGCUGCAAUUUGGCCUGGAAUGAUAGAUAGUCCCUUCCUCCUCUGCUCGGUGCAACUCGCCCUAGUGGAUCAAAGCGGAACCGUGCUAGUAUCGGGUCGUCGUGGUUCGUUCUGAGUCGUAGGGUUAUAUUUUGUCACUGUCAGAGUGCGUGUGGUAAAAAAAAUUACACCCUUGUGAUCGAGCAUAAUGCAAGUUGUGAAACUCAAAAUGUACUACACCUCUUUGAUCAAUGUAUACUACUUCUCCAAGAAGUAGCCUAACCGAAA